GUUUUCACAGCCGGACUUGACAUCUGGUUUCCGCCGCGGUGAAGUUGUCCUUGGUUGUAGGUUCGGAGCCGUUUCCGGGGAAAUGAUGUUAGCUGGAGUACGGGCGGCUCGGAACCUUCUCCGGGGAGGUUCUGCUCUUCGAGUCCUGCCUCAGGUGCGAUAUGAGGGUACAACUUCCGAAACCAAACCCACGGUUCGGCCUGGAAACGUUGUGUUAAAAAACCAGCUGUCUGCAUUCGGUGAAUACGUGGCUGAGAUUCUCCCAAAGUAUGUUCAGCAAGUCCAGGUGACAUGCUUUGAUGAACUGGAGAUAAUGAUUCACCCGGAUGGCGUGGUGCCCGUCAUUACAUUUCUUCGGGAUCACACCAAUGCUCAGUUCAAAUCCUUAGCAGAUCUUACUGCUGUUGAUAUACCCACAAGAACUAACCGUUUUGAGAUUGUUUACAAUUUCCUGUCUCUGCGAUUUAAUUCCCGUAUCCGUGUGAAGACGUACGCAGAUGAGCUGACGCCCAUCGAGUCGAUCGUGUCCUUACACCAGGCAGCAAAUUGGUAUGAAAGAGAGGUUUGGGACAUGUAUGGGGUAUUCUUUGCCAAUCAUCCUGACUUGAGGAGAAUCUUGACAGACUACGGCUUUGAGGGACAUCCUUUCCGCAAAGAUUUUCCCCUUUCUGGAUAUGUUGAGGUGCGUUAUGACGAUGAGGUGAAACGCGUGGUUGCAGAGCCGGUGCAGCUGGCCCAGGAAUUUCGGAAGUUUGACUUGAGCAACCCGUGGGAAGCCUUCCCUUCACACCGGGAGCCCGAGGAGAGCCCAAAGCUGGAGUCCGGAGAAAAUAAGGAAGCCAAAUGAAAAGGAAUAUAGUAGCUUCAUCUCUUUCCUUUUGUGCAUCUUAGAACAACUUAUUUAUGUAUAUAAAAUAAAGACUUACAUUCUGGAA